CUUGAGUAACGCCUGUAUUUCAAUUCAACCAGCACCAAGCCGCUUUGUUUCUACUUUCUAUUUUUAUUUUUAUUUUAAUUUCCCAAUAAUAAAUUAAUUAAAAUAUAUUUUCAAAAAUAUUAUUUAAACCUUCUUCAUCAGAUCCGAAUCGUUUUUUUUUUCUUUUAAUUUUUGAUAAAACCCAAAGUAAAAUAGGAAAAAAAAAACCAGAAGCUCAGUUGUUUGUAAAACAGUUUUGUAUUUUUUUUUGGUUGAAAGCUUUGUUUCUGAACAACCUUAAUCUUUCUGUAAGAACUUUUUUUAUUUUCCUAAAUAUUAUCGCUGCGGUUUUUUUGCUAUUUCUAUGUUGUUCAGUUUUUUAACUGACGCUAGUUCCCUUGCAGUUGUUCUGUUUCUUUUAACAAAGUUUUAAACGUUUUGAUUCACUGUUUUUCAUUCUCCGUUCAUUUUAUACGGUGUUACGAUCUUCUUUUCGAAAAAUUUCAAUGCAAGUUUAGCGAAGAAAUUAGUUUGAAUUUCUACGAGAAAAAAAAGUUACUUUUCUUGUCCAAAAAAAUGAUGUUAUCGGCGUCGCCGACGAGUAUAGCGAAAAGUUCGCUAGAAGAGAUGUUAGAGUCUCUACGACGGCAAGAUGAGGACGAGAAGCCUAAAGACUUGCCACCGGCUUUACCGUCUCGGCCAACAUCCAAGGCUAGACUUCCCUCGGCUCGCCGCUCCCUUCCGACGAACUUCAGAGUCGAUUCUAACGGCGAAAGCGGUGGAAUUUCAAGUGAAGUGGAACGGAAAGAGGAAGGUAAAAGGAAGGAAGAAGAGUUGGGAGUGAAGAGACAUGUUUUAGGGAGCAGAAAGAUGAGGAAAUUUGUGAAUGUGGAUUCGCCAUAUAAUUUGGAGGCAGUUGAAGGGACGAAAGGGGAAGAUAGGGUUUCGGAUGCUAAAGUUGAGGUGAAUGAUAAUAUUGGGCAUUUUAUUAAAAAAAAACUUCGUGUUUGGUGCCGGCUAUCAAAUGGGCUGUGGGGAUCUGGAACUAUACAAUCUGCAUCAGGAGAAGAAUCAUUUGUCUCCCUUUCCAAUGGAAAUGUUGUAAAAGUCUCAACCAAUGAGCUCUUACCUGCAAACCCAGAAAUUUUGGAGGGUGUGAAUGAUCUCAUACAGCUUAGUUAUUUGAAUGAGCCAUCAGUUCUUCAGAAUCUUAAGUACAGAUAUUCUCGUGAUAUGAUAUAUAGUAAAGCAGGUCUAGUUUUGAUUGCGGUCAACCCGUACAAAGAUGUCCAAAUUUAUGGGGAAGAGUUUGUCACGAGUUAUAGGCAGAAGGCUGCUGACAUCCCUCAUGUUUUUGCUACAGCAGACACUGCUUAUAAUGAGAUGAUGAAUGAUCGAGUAAGUCAGUCUAUAAUCAUAAGUGGGGAAAGUGGAGCUGGGAAAACUGAGACAGCAAAAAUGGCAAUGCGGUACCUAGCUGCCCUUGGAGGUGGCAAUGGCAGGAUAGGACGUAAAAUCCUUGAGACACAUUGCAUACUUGAAGCAUUCGGGAAUGCAAAGACAUCCAAGAAUGACAAUUCUAGCCGAUUUGGCAAGCUUACUGAAAUUCAUUUUACUGAAAUGGGGAAGAUAUCUGGUGCCGAAAUUCAAACUUUUCUUCUGGAAAAGUCGAGAGUAGUUCAGUUGGCUGCUGGUGAACGGUCUUACCAUAUCUUUUAUCAACUUUGUGCUGGUGCUCCACCAACUCUAAGAGAGAAACUGAAUCUUAAAAUGGCCAGUGAGUACAACUAUCUUAUCCAGAGUGACAGCUUGGUGAUUAAUGGUGUUGAUGAUGCUAAGAAAUUCCAGAAGCUUGUGGAAGCCUUAGACAUUGUUCAAAUGUGCAAAGAAGAGCAAGAGCAAGCAUAUGCAAUGAUUGCUGCAGUGCUGUGGCUGGGAAAUAUAUCAUUUCAAUCAAUUGACAAUGAACAUUACGUAGAGGCAUCAGCUGAUGAAGCUUUAACCAGUGCUGCCAGGCUGAUGGGUUGUACAUCCAAUGAACUGAAUCAAGCUUUAUCUACCCAUAGAGUCCAAGCUGGCAAAGAUAGUUUUGCUAAGAAAUUGACAUUGCAACAGGCGAUUGACACGAGAGAUGCAUUGGCAAAAUUCAUCUAUGCUAGCUUGUUUGACUGGCUUGUGGAACAAAUCAACAAGUCACUUGGAGUUCAUAAAAAAUACAUAGGCAGGUCCAUAAGCAUCCUUGACAUUUAUGGGUUUGAAUCAUUUAAGAAAAAUAGCUUUGAACAGUUUUGUAUAAAUUAUGCAAAUGAGAGGCUGCAACAGCACUUCAACCGGCAUCUAUUUAAGCUUGAGCAAGAGGAGUAUGGGUUGGAUGGGAUUGAUUGGAACAAUGUUGAUUUUGAAGACAACCAAGAGUGCUUGGACUUAUUUGAGAAGAAACCAUUGGGGAUAUUUUCUUUGUUGGAUGAGGAAUCAAAUUUCCCCAAUUCAACUGAUUUUACCCUUGCUAAUAAGUUGAAGCAGCAUCUGCAUUCUAGUUCUUACUUCAAAGGAGAUAGAGGCAGGGCCUUUGGUGUACGGCAUUUUGCGGGAGAGGUACUAUAUGAUACUAAUGGCUUUUUGGAAAAGAACCGAGAUUCUCUGAACUCUGAGUUAGUCCAACUUCUAUCAUCCUGUAAUAGCCAGUUGCCACGAUUGUUUGCCAGAAAAAGAAUUAAUCAAUCUCUGAAACCAACAAUUUCAUCGGACACUCCAAAGCAAAGUGUUGGUACAAAUUUUAAGGGCCAACUCUUCAAACUAAUGCACCAGUUGGAGAAUACAAAACCUCACUUUAUUCGCUGCAUAAAACCGAACUGCAAGCAGCUUCCUGACAUGUAUGAAGAGGAGCUCGUCUUGCAGCAGCUUAGAUAUUGUGGAAUUUUGGAGGUUGUUAAAAUCUCAAGAGCAGGAUAUCCAACUCGAAUGACACACCUGGAGUUUGCAGAAAGGUAUGGGUUCCUCCUGUUGGAGACCAAUGCUUCUCAAGAUCCAUUAAGUAUUUCAGUUGCUGUUCUGAAACAAUUUAAUGUCCUCCCUGACAUGUAUCGAGUUGGCUUUACAAAACUGUAUCUUCGAACUGGGCAGAUUGGUGCUUUGGAGGAUAGAAGAAAACAGGUGUUGCAAGGAGUAAUUCAGGUUCAGAAAUACUUCCGUGGUCACCGAGCUCGUCGCCUUUUCCAUGAGCUCAACAAAGGAGCAAAAACCAUACAAUCAUUUGUUUGUGGUGAAAAUAUCCGAAGGAAGUAUGCUAUUGAGGCAAAUAGGUGCUCAUCAUUUGCUUCUCAUUUACUUGAUGAGCAGUUGGCGUCAGUCAUAUAUUUACAAUCCGUAAUCCGCGGGUGGUUGGCCCGCAGAGAUUUCAAUAACAUGCAUAAUUUGAAACAGUUGAACCGUGAAAGUGUAAAAUCUAGACGAAAGGUGGGUAGGAAGAUUUCUGAAGCAAAGGACAUGCCACAUGAGCAACAAAUUCAAGUUGUACCUUCCGUAAUGGCAGAACUUCAGAGAAAGGUUCUCAAGGCAGAAGCAAUCUUGGGGCAAAAAGAACAGGAAAAUGCCACUUUGCGUGAGCAACUACAACAGUAUGAAGCAAGGUGGUUGGAGUACGAGGCAAAGAUGAAAUCAAUGGAGGAUAUGUGGCAAAAGCAAAUGGCGUCGCUACAGACAAGUCUUGCUGCAGCCAGAAAGAGUCUUGCUGCUGACAGUAAUGCUGGUCAGCGAAGAGGUGAUGUGGUAUCACCUCGGUACUAUGAUUCUGAAGAUAAUGUGUCCAUGGGAUCUCGAACUCCUGUUGGGAAUAUGCCUGAUGUUGUUGGGGGUAGAGAGAAUGGAUCUUUGAAUGCAGUGGGCAAUCUGCUAAAGGAAUUUGAACAGCGCAGACAAACCUUUGAUGACGAUGCAAAAUCCUUGGCUGAAAUCAGAAUGGCACAGCCAACUUCUAACGUGAAUCCUGAUGAUGAAUUUCGGAGAUUAAAACGCAGGUUCGAGACAUGGAAGAAAGAGUACAAGUUGCGAUUGAAGGAAACCAAGGCAAGACUACAUAAGCGUGGAUAUGAGUCGGACAAAACUCGAAGAAAAUGGUGGGAGAAGCUAGGUUCAAGAUCCUGAUUGAAUCCCAGUUUGAAAUGAUCAUCUCCGUUGAUUGGAGAAUUGUUGCCAAAAUUACCUGUAUCAGUUCUCAGGUACGGUUAGUUAACAUUUAUGGCAACGAACAUAAAUGUUUCUGGCAGUCCAUGGACAGGGAGGGAGACAUUGUAUUUGUAUAUCUCACCAAUUUUUGCUACUUGUUGGGAGGAAUUAUCAUGUGCAUAGACAAAUAGGGAUUCCUCGCGUUGAUACUGCUCUCUUCUUCGAGUAGUUUGGUUUAGUUUAUGUAUAUUCUGUUGUCAAGUUAUGUAAGAUCCGACUUUCUAGUUUCUUGUAUACAAACGAAAUGAUAAUUGUUCAUAUGUUUUUUCCCUAAA